GGCGCUGCGCCCGCGCCGCCGCCGCCGCCGCUCCGCCCUUUCCGCCUCCUCGGACGCCGCCAUCGCCGGGACGCCGCGCCGCUCCGCGCCAUGUCGUCGCACAAGACAUUCAAGAUCAAACGCUUCCUCGCCAAGAAGCAGAAGCAGAACAGGCCCAUCCCGCAGUGGAUUCGCAUGAAAACCGGCAACAAGAUCAGGUACAACUCCAAAAGGAGACACUGGAGGAGGACCAAACUGGGCUUGUAAGAGAGACUGUCCCAGGAGCUCUAAUGAACAUUGGUCUUUCUGUGUCAGAUCCAUAACAGCCUCAAGUCAUUCCUUCUGUGGUGCUGGAGUGCACUCCCCAGUGUGGGGUUUUUAUGAGCUGGUCUGGGAUGUUGUUAACUGGGAAAAUCUUUGUAUCUGAAACAUGGAGACUGUGUUCUAUUAGUGUUCUUUCAGGCAUCACCAUGAGCAUUGGCACUGUACAGGCUUACUAAUAAAUAUGGACCUGAA